AUGAUACGUCUCCAGCAGAUUGACUGUUUAAUUGGUGACUUUGACACACCCAUUGCCUGCAUCCUUGACGGCGGCUCUGGCAUUGUCGGCAUCAGCAAAAAGUGUUGUGAGCAAAUCGGACUCACAUACACCCCAGUGAAUGGAUGGCAAAUGGAAUCUGCAAAUGGUUCAAUUGAUCAGCUUCUCAGACAUGUUCCAAAUUUGUGCAUCAGCAUCUCUGGUCUCAACUUCUAUGUCCAGGCUUUCAUCCUCCCAAACCUGCCUUUCCACCUGCUCCUCACCUGCCCCUUCCACAUCCUUGUCUCUUGCAUCACCCAGGAUUAUAUGGAUGGAAAACAGAAGAUACAGAUAAUGUGUCUGAAUUUCCACCAGACAAUCAACUUGUGGACCCAAUCACACUGA